ACAGCCGAGAGGCGGAAGACGUCCAUGUCUAUGGGUUGGACGUACAGCUAAUCUGCAGUGCAGUCUGGGAGCUGUCAAUCCUUUGGCUUUGUAUCUUUGGCACUGGAAGCUAUUGAUGCGCUCAUCACUCUUUCUUUACACACUGAGGGACAACACUCCGAGCAGUAAUACUAUGGAGAAUAGAAUUACCUAUUGUCUUCUUCAAAAGCCUUCUUGUUAAGGGACCUGACUUGUAUGAACGGGUGACAUCGGAGCCGGGCCCUGUAUCUCUAACGUUAUCAUUUAAAACAACCUGCUAACGUUACUAACGUUAGCUAGCUGGUCAUAUUAUUGACGUUGUCAUCCGUUUUUACUCAGCAAACCGGACACAUGAUUGAAUGACAGUUGCUGGUCUAUAUCCUAUAACGGUGUGAUGCACUUAUGCAGGCCUGGUGUUUCACAUUAGCAUAACAACCACCCAGGAGAAUGAAUGCAGAGGAAGUGGAGCUGCUCAGUGACUCCAAGUACAGGAACUAUGUGGCAGCAGUGGACAAAGCCCUCAAGAACUUUGAGUACUCGAGUGAGUGGGCAGACCUCAUCUCUGCACUGGGCAAACUCAACAAGGUUCUGCAGAACAAUGCAAAAUACCAAGUGGUUCCCAAGAAGCUGACAAUAGGCAAAAGGCUGGCCCAAUGCCUCCACCCCGCCCUGCCCAGUGGGGUCCACCGCAAGGCCUUGGAGACGUACGAGAUCAUCUUCAAGAUCAUUGGACCCAAGAGGCUGGCCAAAGACCUCUUUCUUUACAGCUCUGGGCUCUUCCCUUUACUCUCCAAUGCCGCGAUGUCUGUGAAGCCUGUGCUGUUGGGGCUCUAUGAGACCUACUACCUGCCCCUGGGAAAGACUCUGAAACCAGGCCUACAGGGACUACUGACCGGGGUACUGCCUGGUCUGGAGGAGGGCUCGGAGUAUUACGACAGAACCAACACCCUGUUGGAGAAGGUGGCUGCAGCCGUGGAGCAGUCGGCCUUCUACAGUGCCUUGUGGGGCAGCAUCCUGACCAGCCCAGCUGUGCGUCUCCCUGGGGUGACCUUUGUUCUGCUGCACCUCAAUCGCAAGCUCUCGAUGGAGGACCAGCUCUAUGUCAUGGGCAGUGACAUUGAGCUCAUGGUGGAGGCGGUCAGUACCUCAGUCCAGGACUCCAGUGUGUUGGUGCAGAGGAGCACCUUGGACCUGAUCCUCUUCUGCUUCCCCUUCCAUAUGAGCCAGGCGACUCGCCCUGACAUGAUCCGGAUCCUGUCAGCAGCUUUGCAUGUGGUUUUGAGAAGAGACAUGUCCCUCAACCGAAGACUCUACGCCUGGCUGCUGGGCUUUGACAACAACGGGGUGGUGAUAGGCCCCCGCAGCACUCGGCAGAGCAACCCAGAGGAGCACGCCAGCCACUACUUCAACACUUUCUCUAAAGACAUGCUAGUCCAGGCAAUGGUGGGAAUCUUGCAGGGCAAGGCCCGAGGCGGGGAAGAGGAGAGCAUCCUCAUGCACGACCUCAAGCCAUUUCGCAUCCUCAUCAGUCUACUCGACAAACCGGAACUUGGUCCAGCAAUCCUCGAGGAUGUUCUGAUCGAGGUGUUUCGGACUCUACACACACAGUGCCGAACAGAGUUAGACCUCCAAAACCAGAGCCCAUUCAGUAAAGACCACACACACCUCAGCAGUAAACUACGAGAGAACAAGAAGACGGCAGAACUGAUUAAAACAGCCAAUCUCCUGUUCAACUCGUUUGAGCCGUACUACAUGUGGGACUACAUUGCUCGUUGGUUUGAGGAGUGCUGCAGGAGGACCGAGAACAGCAGCACACGUGCACCACGGCAUGCUGGGAGAUUAGACCAUCCAGGGCUCUCAUUGGUGGAGUUCUGUCAGCUGGUCGAUUUCCUGCUGGAUAUUGUUUCGCUGGAGACCUACAUAGAGAUCCAGACAGAGCAUCUUCCUCAGCUGCUGUUGCGCAUGGUGGCGGCUCUGACCUGUCACCUGCAGGCCCUGGGGCUCGGGGAGCUCACCCACUGCCUUCGUCUCUGCUCCAAGAUCCUCAGCAAAGUGCAGCCCCCGCUGGUGUCCCCUCUGGCCCUGCCACCGGGCCCCCAGGCUCAGGGCCGCUCCAACUCCAACGGCAAUCGCUCAAACCCAGCAAGGGACAAGGAGGACAAAUGGCAGGCUUUGUCUGCUACUCUGGAGCUACCUGGCGGUGGGGAGGUGUUUGAGGAUGGGGAAAACCCUCCAAGCAGUCGCUCCUCAGAAAGUGGCUUUACAGACUUCGUCCAGUACCAGGGAGAUGGCCCGGACGACUCUGAGCAAACCCCUCAUCCCCUUCCAGCGGUCAAAUCAGGCCACCGCUCCUCAGGCCCAUCUCAGACCAAGCCUCUGGACAAACCAGUCAUGCAGUGCUGCUUAGAGCAUUUCCAACAGUUUCUCUCCCGACUUAUCACCUUGUACAUUAUCCCUGGGCAAGUGGACAAAGCUGAGGGUGAAAAAGGCGAGGUUAUGCACUUGGGACCCCUGGUUUCAGAGGGCUCCCAGCACACUGAUUACAUGGAGUCAGGAUCAGGGCUGGUCAAGAAAGAAUGUGUCGCUGCUUUCACUGCUGCCUGUCAGCUCUUCCUAGAAUGCUCCAGUUUCCCUGUCUACAUCGCAGAGGGCAACCUUAAGUCCUCACCCACACAGGAAGAGCAGUUUGACCGUGAGCAGGUCCGUCUGCCAGCGUGGCUGCAGACCCUGAUGGACGCCUGCUGCCUGGCCAGUGACUUCAGCCUGCAGGGCGUGGCCAUCUCCCUGCUCAUGGACCUCGUGGGACUCACCCAGUCUGUUGCCAUGGUGACUGCCGAGAGCGUGGCAUCUGGUGACGGCUCCGAGCCCGCCCAGCCCAUGAGCCCCAGCCAGGGUCGAGUGGCAGUCGUCAUCAGGCCACCACUCACUCAGGGAAUCCUAAAGUACAUUGCUGACAAGACAAACUUCUUCAAGAGUGUGGCUCUGAUCCUAUGGGACCAGUUGAGUGAAGGAACACCUCAGCACCAUCAACGCAGCGUAGAGCUCUUCUACCAGCUCCAUAACCUGGUGCCUUCCUCCAGCAUCUGUGAGGACGUCAUCAGCCAACAACUCAUGCACAGAGACAGGAGAAUUCGGCUGGAGGCCCAUGUGAAGUUCUCUGUGCUGUGGCAUUUAACACGAGAUUUGAACAUCACCAAAUCCUCUCCUUUUAAUCGCACAUUUGACAGAUCUCUUUUCAUCAUGCUCGACAGCCUGAGUUAUUGGGAUCCGUGUACUAGCGCUGUUGGUCGAGCUUGGCUCAGUCAGGUCCUUCAGAGACAUGACAUUGCUCGGGUUUUAGAGCCUCUCCUCCUCCUUCUGCUCCACCCCAAGACCCACCGAGUAUCCAUUCAGAGGGUACAGGCCCAGCGCCACUGGGCCCAGGUCUUCCCUGAACCGUCUGAACAGGGGCCAUCAGAACCCAUUUACACCAGGGACUCUGGCUUCUCAGACAACUUCGGUGAGAUCCAAGGGGAGAAGGUGGUGCAAGACGAGUUCCGAAGCCUGGUGUUGGGUGACAUGGAGCCCUUCUGUCUGACUGUCAACCCCUUGAGUGACAGUCUGUCCUUACUGAGCCUGAGCAGUGAGAACUUGCAACUAGCUGGUGAAUAUCCGCCUGUUGACCAACAGGGGGAGCUCCAGAGCUCUGAGUCCAGUGGGUCUCAUUCAUCUACAGUGGAAAAUGGCAGCUUUGAGGAACCAGAGGUGGUCAGCAGUCCAGUCAAUGGCUCAGACCAACAGCCUGUUUACUCAUAUGACGUGACUGAGGACUCUAUAGAGGACGCUGUGUCCUUGGUUAUAAAAGAGCUAAUAGAUAGGGUUUUGAGUUUAGUAGAUGAGGGAUCUUUUGAAGUGUCAUCUCAGCCUGAAAACUGGCCCCAAACAGACACAGACAGCACUUCCUCAGAUAAUUCCACUAGUCCCCGUUUUGACUCUGGCCCUCCUCCAGGCUCCAACCACCAGACUGUGCCUGAGAUGCUGGCUGGAGGCACGCUGGAGUUCCUCUCUGUUACACGGGCAGAUAUAUCUGCAGAGGAGGAUCACAGAGAGGGCAUCACCCGCCAUAGUUCAUCACCUUCCAUUGUCACAUUGCCAGAUAGCUCUGACCUUGCUACCCCCGACCACAACCUGCAGGUGGACGACCCUCAGGCCCGUAAACGUAGCCAUAGCAGCACCCAGCUCAGCCUUAAAGGGAAGAUCAUGGAGAGGCUUGCAGACAAAUCUCCGGGGGCCAAGCCCAAGAUCAAGAGGGCCAAGAGGAAAGAGGAGGAGAGGCAGAGAAAGAUAGCCAUUCAAGCUGAAAAACUGCGGCCACCCAGUAUUUUCUUCGGAGACAGCCUGGAUCUAGAGAACUGGUACAGCUGUGGGGAAGGUGAGGUGUCAGAGAUUGAGAGUGACACCGGCUCCCCCAGUGGGGGCUCUGGGGAGACUGGCGGGGGGGUCAGUGUCACAGGACGCAGAUCGUCCUCUUCCCCACCUCGUUUUAACAUCCAUCCUCUCUACCAGCACGUUCUGCUCUACCUCCAGCUGUACGACUCCUCCCGGGCCCUCCACGCCCUGUCAGCCAUUGCAGCCAUGCUAAGAGCUGCUCCCUCAGGGUUCGUGAGUGCCAUCUCCACCACCAGCAUCAACAACACCUACACUCCACAGCUCUCUUUGCUCCAGAACCUCCUAGCCCGUCACAGGGUCUCAGUCAUGGGCAAAGACUUCUACUGCCCCAUCCCCCAGGACUCCCACUCACACUCCUUCCGCAGUGCCAUGUACCUGGAGAUCAUCAUCUCGCUCUGUCUCUACUUCCUGAGAAGCUAUUACUCUGCCCACCUGGCAGCAGGCCCUCAGGACUUGGCAGGGAACCGGGCCAUGCAGCUGACCAGCGUGGAGGUCCUAACUCUCCUCUUUAGCGAGCUAGCCAAAGCCACAGGUGGCUCGGCUAAGGGCUUUGCUAGUUUCAUCAGCGACGUCCUCUCUAAGUGCAAAGUUCAGAAAGUGGUUCUCCACUGCCUGCUCUCCUCCAUCUUCAGCGCCCAGAAGUGGCAUGAGCAGCGUGUGGCAGGGGUGAACGUGGCCACUGUGGAGGAAGGUCUGUCCGAGGACAGUGUCAUCAACCUGUCGGAGGACCAGAUAGACAGCUGCAGCGCUGUCCAGUCCCAGCUGCUCAGACUGCUGCAGAGCCUAGUUGUACUUGAGCACAGAGUCCUGGUGCCGGCUGAAGAAGGAGGAGAAGGAGGACCUGUGGGAGGUGGGGUAGGGGGCGUAGGAACGGGAAACGGCCCCGGGGCCGGGUUUGAGAUCCUGGGUGGGGAAGUGGAGCACGUCAACCCUCAGCAGCCAAUGACAUCACUGCAAUACCUCCACGGACAACCUAUAACGGCGCAGGGUAUGUUCCUGUGUGCGGUGAUCAGGGCGCUGCAUCAGCACCACGCGUGCAAAAUGCAUCCCCAGUGGAUAGGGCUCAUCACGGCCACCCUGCCGUACAUGGGGAGGGUGCUGAGGAGGGUGGUGGCCUCAGUCACUCUGCAGCUCUGCAGGAACUUGGACAAUCUUCUUCAGCAGUACCGCUAUGAGACCGGAAUAACUGACACCAGACCCCAGUGGAUGGCUCUCUGCAUCCCUCCUGACCUGAUUCUGACAGUGCUGGAGGGGGUGACAGCCAUCAUCCAUUACUGCCUGCUGGAUCCCACUUCCCAGUACCACCAGUUACAAGUGAGUGUUGACCAGAAGCACCUGGCCGAGGCUCGUUCAGGCAUUCUAUCCAUUCUCCACACCAUCAUGUCUUCUGUCACCCUGCUGUGGAGUAUCCUCCACCAGGUUGACAACUCUGACAAGCCAGCUGCUGCCUCCGCUGCCUCUACGUCCAACAUCAACCUGGGCUCCACUAAGAACCUCCGGCAGCAAAUCCUGGAGCUGCUGGGUCCAAUCUCCAUGAACCAUGGUGCUCACUUCAUGGCAGCAAUUGCCUACGUUUGGAAUGAGAGGAAGCAGGUCAAGACUCCAGUCAGAAAUAAGGUGAUUCCUUUAGCCAGCGAAGAGCAGCUGCUGCUGGUUGAGCUGGUUCGCUCAGUGAGUGCUAUGCGCACUGAGACGGUCAUGCAGACGGUCAAAGAGGUCUUGAAGCAGCCGCCUGCCAUUGCAAAGGACAAGAAGCACCUCUCCUUGGAGGUCUGCAUGCUGCAGUUCUUCUAUGCCUAUGUCCAGAGGAUCCCUGUGUCCAGUUUAGUUGAUAGCUGGCCAUCUCUGCUGGCACUGCUGAAGGACUCUGUACCGUUAGGCCUGCCAGCCCCCGGACAGUUUCUUAUACUAGGAGUUCUAAAUGAGUUCAUUUUGAAGAAUCCCAAUCUGGAGAGCAAGAAGGACCAACGGGAGUUGCAGGAUGUGACCCAUAAGGUGGUGGAAGCCAUCGGGACAAUAGCAGGCUCGUCUCUGGAGCAAACCACGUGGCUGAGGAGGAACCUGGAGGUGAAGGCCUCUCCUCAGAUAGUUGUGGAUGGAGCCAACCUGGAAGCCGAUGUAGAAGAUUUAAUGCUCACCGUGAUGGAGGCCUCCAGUUUCACUCCAUCUGUGUACAGCGUUCACGCCCUCACACUGUUGGCUGAGGUGCUGGCUCAUCUGUUGGACAUGGUGUUCUACAGUGACGAGAAGGAGAGGGUGAUCCCACUGCUGGUUAAUAUCAUGCACUACGUAGUGCCUUACCUCCGCAACCACAGUGCUCACAACGCCCCCAGCUACCGGGCCUGCAUCCAACUGUUGAGCAGCCUAAGUGGGUACCAGUACACCCGCCGUGCCUGGAAGAAGGAGGCCUUCGACCUCUUCAUGGACCACACCUUCUUCCAGAUGGACUCCUCCUGCGUCAGCCACUGGAGAGCCAUCAUUGACCACUUGAUGACUCAUGACAAGACCACAUUCAGAGACCUCAUGACCCGGGUGGCUGUAGCCCAGAGCAGCUCUCUGAGCCUGUUCACCAACAGAGACGCUGAGCUGGAGCAGAGAGCCAUGCUGCUCAAACGCUUGGCUUUCACCAUCUACAGCAGUGAAGUGGACCAGUACCAGAAGUACCUGCCAGACAUACAGGAGCGUCUGGUGGAGAGCCUGCGUCUGCCUCAGGUGCCCAUCCUUCACGCUCAGGUGUUCCUAUUCUUCAGAGUGCUGCUGCUGCGCAUGUCCCCUCAACAUCUCACCUCCCUGUGGCCCACCAUGAUCACUGAACUGGUUCAGGUGUUUCUUCUGAUGGAGCAGGAGCUAACGGCAGAUGAAGACAUAUCAAGGACCUCAGGGCCGUCAGUGGCUGGGUUGGAGACCACCUAUUCUGGUGGCAACGGCUUCUCCACCUCCUACAACAGCCAGCGCUGGCUCAACCUCUAUCUGUCUGCCUGCAAGCUCCUGGACCUGGCUUUGGCCCUGCCUCCUGAGAGCCUGCCUCAGUUCCAGAUGUACCGCUGGGCCUUCAUCCCAGAGGCUUCAGACGACUCAGGAUUGGAAGUGAGACGCCAAGGCACUCACCAGAGAGAGUUUAAACCCUACGUGGUCCGACUGGCCAAGCUGCUGAGGAAACGAGCCAAGAAAAACCCAGAGGAGGACUGCUCCAUCCGAACCCUGUCCUGGGAGCCAGGUCACCUGAUGCUGACCCUCUACGUGAUCCGCAGCAUGGAGCAGCUGCUACCUUUCUUCAACCUGCUCAGCCAGGUCUUCAACAGCAAGGCCAGCAGCCGCACAAGUCCCGUCUACAACCACAACCCAGCAGGUGCCUGCUUCCCCGGCCACAAGGAGGGCCACAAGCUGGAGAGCCAGAAGGUGUUCUGGAGUCGAGCGCGACAGAACAUCGAGGAGAUGGUGGAAAAAGACUUUCUCGAGGGCCUUAUCAAGACAUGAGAACACAGCAAGGGGAGGGAGGGGGAUUAACACACAACUACUGAUCAACACUAGUGAAAAACUCAACUUGUACAUUAAAGAACAAGGGAAUACAAAUGCGGGGGGGGAAUAGUUUGUACAUUUUUUUGUAUUUAUAAUGAUUAUUUUACUUUUCAAAAGCUAUUGUAUUUCAUUUUAAUUAUUUGUAUAUAUGGAGCAGCUUUAAAGACUGACUUUUAACAUUUUAUGUGAAGAUGCUGUGCCAUUCCAUAUUGAUGUAACUUAAUAAAAAAGUAAUGUAGAUCUUGCAUUAAAGAUCAGCCACUUCUUUCUACAACA